AUGCAAGAGUCCUCCUUUAGAUCCCCAACAGAUCCGAGAGCAGGUGGCAGCGGUCGGGAGCCAAGGCCGUCGACGUCGACGGUGAUAACGCGCUUCGCCUCGCCGACGGAUGUCGAGGAGCCACCGGUCCAGGUGCACAACCGCCACGGGCCCAACCCCCGUCAAGACGUAGCGACGCGCGGUGGCAACCCCCCGGGGUCGCCGAGGAUCUUCCCGGAGUACACCUCGGCGACGAUGCCGCCCGUGCGCGUGAAAAAGUCCCGGAGCGCCGUGUGCCCGGCGGUUAGCCCCGCGGGGCCCAGGGCCGGCAUGCAAGCGGCCGGGAGCUCGGAGCUGCUGCUCGACGCCAAGUGCCGGCAGAUGCUCAGGGACGAGCUCGAGCGACGCAAAAUGCUCGGCCCGGGUGGCCGCAAGCACCAGGACAAGAGCCAACGACGCACCUGCCGCCAGAGGCUCGCCUUCUACGCGACUUCCAGCCUCGCCAUGGUCGCCAUCUCCGGGGGCUGCGCCCUACUUUUUCUCGUCCCGCUCUACGUCGACCCGGCCAUCAGUACCCUCAUUGCCGAUUUCUUUCCCGAGCCGGUGCUCUGCACGACCUCCAAGCGCGAGGAUCUCUGGGGACUGUUCAACUGCACCUGGAGCUCCUGCCGAGAGGGCUGCACCAGCGAGGUGUACCGGUGCACCCACAUCUACGUCACCUACAGCCCGUGGAGCAACGCGAGCGCGGAGUCGUUGCUGUUCGACGGGGAGACAACAAAACGGCACAAUGGCACCCUCCCACGGAGCACCACUGCUACGAGCGCGCAGUAUCGGCAGACCAAGAUGGAGGAGACCGAAGUGGUCGAGGCGGUGCUGCUGGUGAACAUAAAGGGCUGCGGCUACCCCCCGGCGGUCGACUGCGAGAAUUUUACGCGGGAGCUAGGGUACGAGGGCUCGCAGUUUCCGUGCUACUACAGCCGGGUGAACGGCAGCAUCGUCAUGGCGGAGUACGACAGGGACGCAGAGGUCACGGUGAUCAUGCACUACUUCGCCAUACCCUUGGUCAUGACGCUGGCCACCACUGCGGUACUGUGCGUCUGGCACUGCGACUGCAGGUGUCCACCGCCACCCCCGCCGAGGAGGUACCACCAACAGGCCCCGACAAUAACCAGCUCGACGAUGUCGGCCGCCUCGUCGGCUCGGAGGAUACCGAGGUCCAACACCACCGGCACCACGGCCACUACUACGAGGCCUAACGAUCUUAGCGAGUACUCGAUAAGCACGCAGGUGGAGCGCCGAGGUCAUCCGGUGCACUGCAAGUGCACCGAGGUCAUGAGGCCCUUGUGACGCCGGGACGAGACGGUCGAGAGCACCUUGGCCGCCUCUUGAGAGAACAUCCCCUUCUCCCCUUUCUCUCACUACUACGGCCACUCUCGGCUUUUCACGCCGAGAAGAUCUGCGAGCGGCACUACCCCCCAACCUCUUCGCCCUUUGCCUUCGUUUCUUUGCUAAGCCACUUUGCAGACAAACUACU